CACAGUCUCUUCUUUUUCGUUUGGCGCUCACGCGCUUUCGCCUCUCGUGCAUAUCGAAAGAAGCCUUCAUUACUUCUCAAGCUAAUCCUCCCACAUUCUAUCUUCAUUUAUGAUUAUGAUUAUGAUACAGAAACAUACAAUCACAGACGCAGAAUUGAGAUCUCCUUACAUCUAAUCCGUGUGCAUUAUCGAGAGCCAUACUGUGGACUUUUCGCCACUCGCGUUCUUGAAAUCGCGAUUCUUCCUUGCUUUCUGUGAAGACUUCCUGAAAUUUUCACGCCGGAGGUUAGUAAUAUUUGGGGAAAGAAAGAAAUAAUUCAAGAAAAAUGGCGCAAGCUGUUGAAGAAUGGUACAAACAGAUGCCAAUUAUCACCCGCUCCUACCUCACCGCUGCCAUCCUCACCACAAUCGGCUGUUCCUUAGAGAUUAUAUCCCCUUCCAACUUGUGCUUGAUUCCUAAACCGGUGGUGAAGCAUUAUCAGUUCUGGCGCCUUAUUACCAACUUUCUCUACUUCCGGAAAAUGGAUUUGGACUUUUUGUUUCACAUGUUUUUUCUGGCACGAUACUGCAAGCUUCUUGAGGAGAACACUUUUAGGGGGAAGACUGCAGAUUUCUUUUACAUGCUCUUGUUUGGAGCCACUGUGUUGACUGGAAUUGUUCUUAUUGGUGGAAUGAUACCUUAUGUCUCGGAAUCAUUUGCAAAGAUCAUUUUUCUUAGCAAUUCGCUAACGUUUAUGAUGGUAUAUGUUUGGAGCAAGCAAAAUCCCUUCAUCCACAUGAGCUUUUUGGGUCUCUUUACUUUCACGGCUGCUUAUCUUCCAUGGGUCAGGUGCUUUUGGGCUUUUCUGUUCUUGUUGGUGCUAGUGCUUGGGUGGAUCUAUUGGGUAUGAUUGCAGGCCAUGCUUACUAUUUUCUGGAGGAUGUUUAUCCAAGGAUGACUGGACGUCGACCAUUGAGAACACCUCCCUUCAUCAGAUCAUUGUUUGCAGAAGAACCAGUCGUAAUGGCCCGGCCAGCUGAUGUCCGUUUUGCUGCUCCUCCAUUGGAAGAAGAUGAUCAACACAAUUAAAUGAUUUCAUUCAUAAGAGUCUCUGAGUUUGAUGUACUAAUCUAACUCCCCCUGUUUAUGUAAAUGUUAUUUUUACAUGGAUGUUUGGUAGAAAACAAUAUAGAUUAUCUCAUUCGUGAGAGUUUGUCUGGCUAUUAAGGUCCUAUUUGGUAGCACUAAUUGACCUAAUCUGCUUAUACCCCUCAUCGGCAGAAUAUAUGGCCAUUGUUACCCCUUUUUUGGCUACCAAAAUCUAUUUGAUUGUGCACACUAAAUUGGUCAGUUUUGGUCGUUUAGACUGUUUUUACUUGAAUCGUUGAGGUGGAUUAGUU